AUGCUGCCAAACUUCCAACUCAAUCUUCUUACUUAUGCUGCAUUAUUGCAGCAAAUGCAAUCGCAACAACAGCAGUUGCUGCAAAACCAGACUGCAGGAGUAUCAGGGGCACCCGUCACGGCUCCCCAUGCGAGCGCUCCAGGUCCAGCACCUCGAGCACAACGUCGCCGUUGCGGGUAUGACUUGACGGCUCAAAGAUACCCUGCUUCUAUAGAACAAAGUCAACAUGGGAAACACGCAGUGAUGAGAUACUCGGUACCAGGAGGUCCACUUUGUUAUACGUUUGAGCAUCUCAGAACGAAUUCGACUUACAAGGUGUACAGAUGCAGGGGAUGUGCUGCUGAGAAGAAGAACACUAUGAUAGCAGUGGUUGACGAUCAGUUCAUUGGAGAUCCCAGCAGCCUUCCUCAUGUCUGCUUACCCUUCAAGACGGCUCAAGACAAAGUGGACCGCCUGGUGUACACCGAGUGCAAGAAGAUCAGAAGUAAUAAGAGAUGUGCAAGCACGAGCACUAGGGUUGCGUGGCAGGACAUGGAAGACUUGAUCGAAGAGUGUGGUGGUGAGGAUGACACGGAGAAAAGCGAUAUGCUGCAUUAUUUC